GUGUAUUCGUUAUUAUUUAAAUAACUGAAACAAACAUAUCUCGCAGAUAUUUUUUGAUUUAAAGAAGAAAAAACUUCGCGUAAGUACUAAUCGUCUACGAAUCGUGUAAAUAAACUCUUAUCCUGAAACGUCGCGCCAAUUAGUUACUUUGUUUUACUUAGCUUGGUUGAUAAAACAGUAUAAAAAAAUUCACUUGAAACGGUUGCUCCAGUUUCAGUUAUUUUGUACACAUGUUUCAAGUACCAUUUCAAAUCAAUUUCCAGUCCAGGUUCAACUACGUUCCAUACAUCGACGCACGGGCACAGCUACAGGCACAGUAACGUCGUCCAUCUGGUGGCGAUGCACUGUACUAAUGGCUGGCUGGCUGGCUGGCGCACACGAGUGUAGAAAGAGAAAGAAAGAGAAAGAGAGACACAGGUACGCGAGACGAGCUUGUGGUGAGGUAGCUACCAGUCAACAGCAGAGACGGAGACGGAGAGUUCGAGGUAGCCCGUGCUUCUAGCUGGCUGUGGCUCUCGUUGUAACUCGUUGUAACGUGACGCGAAGGUGUGCCAAGCUCUUUCGAUUGCCUGUUACUUCGUACGACGUACGAAGACGCCCGAUUGCAGGUCUAUCGUAGUGUCGCGGAUUGAAAGUGUCGGUAGUGUUGUGUGAUCUGUCCUCGUGUGCCAAUCAAAAAAAAGAACUGUAUCAGCAGUAGCAGCGUAGGUACAUCAUCGUGGAAAACUGUCAAGAGUGUGUGUCCCAGACGCUGGCUGUGAACAGGAAAGCAUCGGACAAUCGUCAUCGCAGGCGUCGGAUUGCACCGAACAUAAGAUCCAGCCCUUUCCUAAUGUACGAAUUCGAGCAGAUGUGAUCGAGGGGAGUUGGAAGUUCGCUCAAGGGUCGCGGGGACUGGUAACCGCAGCUAGAGAGGUUCUUCCCAGGAUGCCGCAAGGUUUCGCGACCGUUCAAAGACUUGGAGUCGCGUCACGAGCGUGUAAUAGAAUAACGAGCUGAGGAUGUCGGAGCAAAACGGGCCCAGCGAGGGCCCAGGACCAGGUCCGGGUCCGGGACCGGGACCCGGUUGGUGGCCAGCCUCGCAAUCCUGGAAGACGAACUCCUGUACGUCCGUCUCCUCCUCGUCGACUACUUCCACUGCUCCAGACAGCUCCGCCUCCGUCUCUGUCUCCUGCACCAUUUCUACCUCUUCCCUGACCACCACCACUUCCACAUCUUCCUCGACCAGCUGCUGUUCCUCGACUCCUAGCGGACCCUCGUGCACGAUCACUGCUGCUCGUUCCUCGGAAACAGGGAAAAACGUUUCCGUCACGACUAUCAACGUACCGAAUAAUCAGGACAUACAUGAUGGCAAAGGUAUCUGCAAGUACCUUACCGGCCAGAAUGGCGUCACAGUGUCGGUAGUUUCGAGCUGUGGCUCCGUGUUGGACUGUGGAAAUGCAAACGUUGUAUCCACCACAGGGAUCGGCAUCAGCAGCGGGUCGCACAGCAUCGGUAUCGGUAUAGGUGUCAAUGUCCUUCAGUCUCAGAACACCGGGGACGAUGAUGCGGAAGAUAGCGAUGUCGAAAUAAGCAAGAUUGAUUUUCGCGGGGUGAACCUGCGUACGAAGAAGAAACGAGACGUGCCGGUGAACCAAGCAGGAGAGAAAAUAGGCGACGUAGACGCCGAAGAUGGAAAUUGCUGUUACGAUGGAAACGAUAUCUCCCAACAGCAGCCAGAAAGACCCAUGUCGUGGGAAGGUGAAUUGUCUGACCAAGAAAUGUCUUCCAAUACAAUUACAAAUCAGGAUACACACGAAGACACAUCCAUGGAAGGUGUCCAGGUAUGCAGCGCAAGUCCAGGUCCUAUGGAGCAAAAAUUUCCUAUAAAACCAGAGCCAGACUUCCGGUCUAGUCCGGGAUUUGCAUUUGGUUCAUUUCACGAUACUGGAUUACCUUUGACCCAUGGCCAGCAGAUGCAGCAACAACAACAGCAGCGCAACAUAGAGAACCUUGAACAGACACAACAAAAUGAUUUACCUCUCCUCGUAGGGAAACUACUGGGUGGUUACAAUAGUUCAACUCCAAAUCACAGUCCUGUGUUGAAUCCCAGACAUCAUUUGACUAAACAUAGUCAUACGAGAUCGCAGGUGCCGUCUCCAGACUCGGCGAUUCACUCUGCGUACAGCGUAUUCAGUUCGCCGACGCAAAGCCCUCAUGCAGCUCGUCACUCCGCUUUAGGAGCAGGAAGUCCAGUACCAUCUUCGUCGCUUUCUCUGUCGCGACACAGUUUCAACAAUUCAACAUCCUCGUUAUCGUUGUCGCUAUCUCAUUCUCUCUCGAGAAACAAUUCGGAUGCCUCGAGCAGCUGUUACAGCUACGGUUCUCUCAGUCCACCCACGCAUUCACCCGUCCAACAACCAAGACAUCCGCAGCAUCAUCAGCAUCAGGUAGCUCAGGGAAGUCCGCUUCAUCUGCCGGCAACAGCCCCGUCCGCGAUUGCUCAUCAUUACUCUUCCUCUACACCGGGUUCUGAACUCUCACCUGAAGGGCAUACCGCACCCGAUGACCAAGAAGACUGUCGAAUACCCUCAGCGCCUUCGAGUAUCUCUACUAGGCAACAACUGAUCAAUAGCCCCUGUCCAAUUUGUGGCGACAAGAUAAGCGGUUUCCAUUAUGGAAUCUUCUCCUGUGAAUCGUGUAAAGGAUUCUUCAAACGCACCGUCCAAAACCGAAAGAAUUAUGUGUGCCUUAGAGGCGCGGGCUGUCCAGUCACCGUCGCCACCAGAAAGAAGUGCCCGGCCUGCCGCUUUGACAAGUGCCUCAAUAUGGGUAUGAAACUCGAGGCUAUUAGAGAAGACCGCACCAGGGGCGGUCGAAGUACCUAUCAGUGUACGUACACUCUUCCUGCGAGUCUCGUGAGCAAUUCCGCGAGCGGCAUGACCGGUGACAAAUUGACCACGGGGGGUAAUUGUAGUCCAGCUCCACCUGGUAGCGAGCAUCAUUAUAGCAGCAGGCAUCACUCGCAUAAGAUGCAGAUGGUGCCGCAACUUUUGCAAGACAUUAUGGACGUAGAACAUUUGUGGCAUUACAACGAUAACGAUCGAAUGUCUGGAAUUCAAGCUGGAGGAACGAACGCUACUAGAAACAACGAUGCGAUGUUAUUGGGAGUUGGAACUGGUGGUGGAUCUGGUACGGGAAGUGAUGCAGGUUCGAGAGUUGAACGUUCCACCAAUGGAACAGCUGGAAAUGGAAAUUCCAACAAUAGAAGAGACGAUAGGCCUAACGUUUCUAAUGUUAACAGUGAACAACGAGCUACAUCCGUUAACAGUAGUUCCCAGAUCGGUAAUAACACGAAUGGCAACUCUACCCAACAUCCUGAUUUCCUGUCGAACCUCUGCAACAUUGCUGAUCAUCGAUUGUACAAAAUAGUGAAAUGGUGCAAGAGUCUGCCGCUGUUUAAAAAUAUAUCCAUCGACGAUCAAAUCUGUCUGUUAAUUAACUCUUGGUGCGAGCUAUUGCUCUUCUCGUGCUGCUUUCGCAGUAUGAGUACUCCCGGUGAAAUCAGAGUGUCUCUGGGCAAGUCGAUCACAUUAGAACAGGCUAGACAGCUUGGCUUGGCGACCUGCAUCGAGAGGAUGCUCGCAUUUACUAACAAUCUGAGAAGGCUAAGAGUCGAUCAGUACGAAUAUGUAGCAAUGAAGGUAAUAGUGUUGUUGACCAGUGAUACGAGUGAACUAAAGGAACCUGAAAAAGUUCGAGCGUCUCAGGAAAAGGCUUUACAGGCACUGCAGCAAUACACCAUAGCAAGGUACCCAGAGAUGCCUGCCAAGUUUGGCGAAUUAUUGUUAAGAAUUCCAGAUUUACAAAGAACAUGCCAGGCAGGAAAAGAAUUGUUAACUGCAAAACGCGCAGAAGGAGAGGGCAGCUCGUUUAAUUUGUUGAUGGAAUUAUUAAGAGGAGAUCACUGAAUUAUCAUCACAAUAAACAAUGCCAUUCCAUGCUUAUAGAGUUCAUAAGCUUAGGGAAUUGGAUAUAUUAGAUAAUCAAGGAGCAGAAAAACUAGAAAGAAAUCAUAAACAUUACGGUCCAUGAUACAUUAGUUCAGGGUGAAGGGACUACAUUCUUAUAGGACUAAUUAGAGGUUGACUGCUUGACGCAUAAAGCGGACGAAAGAAAUUCUAUGUUUUUUCUCUCUUUUUUUUGUUCUUUUUUUAUUUAAAAUGCUUCCAUGCGGGUUAUUGCAUAAUGCGAACCCACUUUGAAAUACAUACAGGAAUUUCGAAGCGGCCUAUGGUAUGCUCGAAAUGUUCAGCGUGCAUAUUUUUUAUGCAAAACAGACUGAAAGUAUAAUCGAAGGAGAGAUGCAGAGCAUUUACUUUUACAAUAAUAUUGAUGUACAGAGAUAGAAAGAUUGAGAGAGAGGGAGAGAAAGAAAGAACGAGUGAGCGAGCGUAAGAGAGAGAGAGAGAGAGGGAGUUGGUAUCAAAUAGCAUAAAAAUGCUAAAUUUUAUUAGAUAGGUUCAAUCUGUUCGAGUAAACCACGAAUACAAAGUUUUAAACUUGAUGAUUAUUAUAAUAAUAACACAACCAGUAUUUUGUAUUGUUCUGCGUUUACUUAAGAUUAAGGCACAGAAUGAUGUCUUAUAUCCCGGUAAUGAAAGUGUACUUAAAUCAUGAGUCGACCAAUUGUUUGCUUAUAGAGCAGUUAAUCGUGUAAUAAUUAUUAGAUAAUGACGUUUAGCUAACAUAUUGUCAUCAGAGCAUUAUGGUUUUUAUCUAUCGUAUAAAUACAUUUUUUUUUUUAUUUUUCGUAUGUUUUAAUAACGCGCCAACGACGGAUGACCAAUCUCGUAUGCUCUAAAUGGCAUACAUUUUCUUUUUUUUAUCUCACGAACAACGCUUGAGACAAUCUCUCUUUUUGUAAAUAAAUUUUAUUUGAAAACAUUUGUUUCUAAAUUAUGUUCUGUUUGAGGAAAUUCUUGUAUAUUAAAUUUUUAUCAAGUUGAUGUUUGUUUGUUGCAAAAUUUUACAAUUAUUCUGUUUGAAACCGGUUUCAUAGUCUCUAUGCGUGUGGAGUAAAUAACUUUUGUUACAUAGCAGUAUUUAACUGCGAAACUAAUGGUUCGCACACAGAAAAGUCAUCCACAAACGCCCAAGUCUGUCAAAUAUAUUAACAUCUGUAGAAUGUUGAAUUACUUGGAAACUAUAUAUGGUGAAAGAUAGACCAAGUAGAGACUUCUCACGCAUAGUGUCCAUUUGAUUGUGAAACAAAUUUAAAUUGAUUUACAUUCAAUUUAUUAUAUUUAUGUAAAAGAAAAUUGUUUUCUCAGAAUAAAAUUAAGACAUUAAAAUGAGUUGAACAAACGAAUAAUUUAUUGUCGAUUUAAAAUGAUUGUUUAAAAAGCACACUGAAAAGAUUCUAUGUGUUAAUUAUAAAAUUGUGCAAUUUGUAAAUUUGAAUGCAUAUAAAUUUUUUGUUUAUAGAAAAUCAGUUAUAGAACGGAGCCAAAGUCUCGUGUUUAAAAGAAAGAAUACUCAUCUCUGUCGUUGGUACUAUAAUGAGACUGUCAUAUCAACACUUUAUUCAUUUUAUUAAAGCAGCAGUUAAGUUUCUUUUGAUUCAUCGAUAAGAAUGUUGAAACAUGCGAUACUCGAUCUGUAAUGUAACUUGUAAGAAUUGUCUUCCCAACUUUAUAUCAAAUUUCUUUAUAUAAAAAUUGUUCUUUGUUGUGCACAGUGUAUUCAUUAAAUGCGAUAAAGAACAUAACUUCCAUUCGUUACAUUAAAAAGUGAAGUUAUAAAAUUAAAAUAGAAUUCCAAUAUAAAUGAAGUAUUGAGUUCAUUGUUUAAUGAAAUGUUAGGUAAAUAAUUAUUAAUCAAUCUUCAGUGAUUUUUAUAUAAUUUUAUAAAGAUUAUGGUUUUUAACGUAAUAUUUUAUGUUUUAUUUUAAUGAGACACUGUGUGAGCAUAUGUAUGGUACGUAUAGUGGAGCACAUUAUUUGUAAAAAAUUAUUCCUAUCAAAUAUCAGAUUUUUACUGUAUAUACUUAAAAAAUAGCAAUUUAGUAGCCAUCGAGUAUACAACUUACUUUUCUGAUAUUUCAAUGUUUAUAUACGCUGGGGAACAAUUUUUUAAAAUAAUAAUGCAAUUUGAGUUAAAUAUAUUUACAAAGUACAGAUAAAAAGUAAUUGUAUAUUGUUACCGUACACAAAAAUCUUUUUAUUAGAUUUUCAAGCUUUUUUAAUGUAAGGAAACCUUAUGAAACAAUUUUCACUGUUUACUUGAAAAAUUUAAAAAAAAGUCAUUAGGUCAACUUUUCUAAUGCCAAAUUAGUUAAUACAUAAUAAAUUAGCAAACUGAAAUUUCAGAAUACAUUGCUUUGCUACUGCUAUCGUAACGAUUAAAAAAUAAAAAAAAUGAAAGAGUAUAUUACAUUGAGAGAUAUACAAGAUUUUAAAGUAAAGAAUAUGCGAACCAUUGAAUUUAAAAUAAAAUUUCUAGCAAUGGUUAAUGAGAAAUUCUUCUGUUGAAAGAAGUAUUACUAGACAGUAAUUAAUGAAGUAUUAUAAAAACUGAAAUAUUUGUGCCUUCAAUAAAAUUUAGUAUUUUAAUCCUUUUGUAAUUUGUGAUGCAACAUAGAAACAAGAAAAACUAAAUGCAACAAGCGAAUAGAAACAAUGUAAAUAUCUACAUAUAAAAAAUUAAUAACUGACAGUCUGAUUAAAAUUAAUAAUGAAUGUGGAAUUUUUGCGAAAAAUUUAUCGAACCUUUAUGCAUUUAAAAUAAACUCAACAUAACAUACAUUGGCGUAACUAGAAGUUUUUCCUAAGGUGGGCCAGGACCGUUAGAAAUUUUGGAAUUUUUAGAUGUUUUAUAUUUGGAAUUUUGAAAAUCUGAAAUUUUUGAAUCUUGAAAUCUUAAAAUUUUAGAACUAUGAGAGGGCUAGUUCUCACUGUUGAGGAGGCCAGGUCCACUUUGAUCCCUAUCUAGUUACGCUAAUAACAUAAGCUUUUUAAAAAUACAAGAAAAAGAAGAAAGCAAAUUUUUUACUGAAGAACAUGAGAUUGAAUCGACCAAUUUUUCCAUUUUCUGCGUUUCACUUUUUAAUGAACUUCAGCUACCUAAUAACAAACAGUAUCAAACCGGAAAGUAUAAUUAUGCUAUAUAUUUUAAACACUCUUAUAUGCGCGUAUUAUGAAUACUUAUACAGAACUGUUGGACCGCAUGUUUUUGAUUACUUAUUGAAUAAUUAUACAGCGAUCGAAACAAAAAUGAAGUAAUUUUUAUAGUUCAUAACUGAAAAAGGAAUUCAAUAAGCAAUAUUGAGUUGCUUUUACUUUUGAUUGGUGCUGUUUCAUAAUUAAACAUGGAUUAUUAUACUUUCUGUUAGUAUCAUUGAUUAUAAUUUAAUUCAUAAAUCAAAUCAUAGGAAUGUGCGGAUAUCGGAACUUCGGAUCGACUAGGAAAAACUGACGAAAUCGGGUGAAAUCGGGUGAAAGCUUUGCUACAUACGAAUGCUGGGGUCUGACUUUUCACCAUUCAAAAAUUUUAACAUUCCAAACUACCAGAUUUCUAAAAUUCCUAAAUUUCAAUGUUUCAAAAUUUCUAAGAGACCUCGUCCACCUUAAAAAAAUUAAGUUACACCGAUAAGGAUUUAUAAAGAUUUUGCGAAUGUUUACCAUGUAAAUUGUUCUUAAAAAAAACUGGAUAUAUUAAGACGCUAUAUAUUAAACGUUAUAAACAUGAUACAACCUAUCUUAAAUAUAAUUUCAAAUAAAUCUCGAGUGUCCGAAAAGUUUUGGGAUUCCGAGCAUUCGUAUGUAGAACUUUCGCGCUCUCAUCCGAUUCUGCCCAAUUGUUCCGCGCAUGUUUAGUAAAUGAUUGCUAAAGGUGAUAAACAAACAAUAAGUAAAAUUUAUCUUAAAUUAAUAAUUAUACGGUACCAAUUGAAAUUUAAGAGAAUGCAAAGUAAAUAUUGUAAAUAUAAAGAUGCAGAAUAAUAUCUUUUGUAAUGAAUGUAUGAAAGGUGGAUGAGAAAGAAAAAAAGAUAAGGAUCGAAUGAACGUGUGAUAAAGAAAGAAAGGAAGAAGGAAAAGAAAAGAGAGAAAGGGAAAGUGCGCGCAUACGAGAGUGAGGGAGAGAGAGAAAGAGAAAGAAUCUAUAACUAUAGAUUAUAAUAUCGACUUAAACGGAAGAGCACAAAAUAAGUUUAUAAAGAUGUUGAUAUUUAACUUGUUAAAAAAAAAUAACUAAUCUAUGUUUGAUAAAGAAAAGAAAAAAACGUUUACAGGAUGUUUAUUGUUUGAUUGAUGACUGCUAAAUGGAUUUUGUUGCACGUUCAUGUAACUACUGCAACCAGUGCCGGAUUAAAUGUUGUUCGGGGCCGGGGGAAGGAGGCCGCAGCCUCGGACCUCACUUUUCCGUUUACUAUGUCAAAAAAUAUUGAAUGCAAUUCUUUUACUAUUGCCUUUUUCCUUUACGAUUAGAUGUUAUUUAAAUUUCAGAUUUUAAUCCGGUCCUGAUUGCAACGAUUUUAGUUCGAACGCUCUUAACGAAUUAACGAUCGAUCGAGGGAAAAAGAUUGAUCAAAAUUUUAUUGCCAAUUGUGACAAUAUUCAGAUAAAGCUGUGAAUUCGUAAUAUAUAUACAGCCUGUCCCAUGAAACUGGGCGAAGCUAUAGCUUUAAAACGGUGUGUACAUUUUUAAAUUUCCAAAUUACUAAAUUUGAAAGUUUUUAAAUUUUAAAACCAGUGCCAGUAAAUUCUUCAGCUACCGCUUGACCCGCCCGUCACUGUCGCAAGGGGCUUGAAAUCUCUAAAAAUGUUUAAUUCUCACACUACAAUACAGGCGCCAAUGAAAUUUUUAUUCUAUUACCGUUCUAAAGUUAUAACUUGGCUCUAUUUCGUAGGACACCCUGUAUAUUCAUCAGGGAGCUUAAAUAUAGUAGAUUGUAACAAUAAUUAUUACAUACACACACACGCCUAUUGCAAUUAAAGAGAUCGUAUUCUAGAAAUAAUAUAAAUGCCCGCGUAUAAUAUAUGUAGUCUUGAUUCAAUAUGAAACACAAUUGAAAAUUUGAUAAAGAAACAUGUAAAAAUAUGAAUAAUUUUUUAUUGCUUACGAUGAACUGACUUGCAUUAAUUAUUUUUACAAAAUAUUAAUUUAUAUAUUGUUGAUGGUAAGUUUUUGUUGAAAUCAUGUUUAAACUUGCAUUUUAGCACAGAUACAUUACUAGAUUAUUGUAAAAAGUGUUUGAUUAUCAAGUCAAUUAAUCGAGAAGGAAAACCAAAUUACGAAAGUGUAAUGACAAGAAUAUUUCAUAUUCCCCACAUAGAAAGAUGGCUAUUCAAACUACAUAAUUAGAAGGUAGUUUUAUACAUAUAACAUGAUCAUUAAAAAAUAAAGAAAUUUUUAUAAAA